AUGUUUCUAAAAUACGAAACACCAGCCGAAGCUGAACGUCGAGCCAUAUUUGAACGAUGUCUGGUAAGCUGCAGCGAAUCAUCAACGGAUUCUAAUCCAUGCUACGAUUGCAUGGUGCCAUAUAAAGCAUACGGAUGUCUUCUCAAAAAAGAACAGCUGCUUGGCUGCGACUCAGAGUGCGCCGUUCAAAAAGACAUAGAGCUGUUCGCCUUGUGCCGUCUUCGAUGUGCUCAGAAGCGACGAAUGUUAAAGAAGUUAGAAGGAUACAAGAAGCUGCAAAACUUGUAG